AGUAAGUAUCUAAUUAACUCUUAAAAAUAUGAGAUCAUCACCCAGGAUAGACUUUCAAAUAGAUCAUACGACGUCGUAGUGUUACUAUUCUGUCAAAUGAUUUUUGUAAUUACCGCGAAUAUAUGUGAUUAGGGUUUACCUAAUUCGUUUCAAGUUCAACCAGAGUGCGUCAAUCGAAGUGAUCUGAUCUGCAUCAUACUUCAACAAAUUAGUUAUCAGAAGUAAAAUGAGUGAUUUCAAGAACUGGUGGACUAAAUCAACAUUUUUUAUAUUAUUGUUAUUAAUAACAAUUUCUGGAACUUAUGGAUGGGGAAAAGAAGGACACUAUGCUACUUGUAAAAUUGCUGAGUCAUUUCUUAGCGAAGAAGCUUUAAAGGCGGUAAAAGAAUUGCUACCAGAAACCGCUGAAGGUGAUCUAGCUUCCGUCUGUUCCUGGCCCGAUGAAAUCAAGUGGAUGUACAAGUGGCGGUGGACCAGCGAGUUGCAUUACGUUGACACCCCUGAUUUCCGGUGUAAUUAUGAUUACUGCAGGGACUGCCAUGACUCAUCUGGAGUCAAAGAUAGGUGUGUUACGGGAGCCAUUUACAACUACACGGAGCAACUUGUCACUGGCUAUAACGCCUCGAAUUCAGUUGUGAAGUACAACCUGACUGAAGCACUUAUGUUCUUAUCUCAUUAUAUUGGGGAUGUGCAUCAGCCUCUGCAUGUUAGCUUUACUAGCGAUGAAGGUGGAAACACAAUAAUAGUCAGGUGGUAUAAAAGGAAGACCAAUUUGCACCACGUAUGGGAUAGUGAUAUAAUUGAAUCUGCCAUGAAGACAUUCUACGACAAGGAUAUCGACGUCAUGAUAUCAGCAAUUCAGAAGAAUAUCACAGAUAAGUGGAGCAAUGACAUCUCUUCUUGGGCUAAUUGUACAUCUGGUGAAGAUGUUUGUCCCGACCCGUGGGCUUCCGAAAGCAUUAAGUGUUCGUGUAAUUACGCCUAUAGAAAUGCUACACCAGGAAGCACUCUAGAAGACGAGUACUUCCUCUCACGUUUGCCGAUUGUGGAGAUGAGGCUCGCACAAGGUGGGGUCCGUCUGGCUGCAACACUUAACCGGAUCUUCGAUCCAUACCCUCCAGUCACGCAGAAAUUAGCGUAUUUUGGGAACAUCCAACGUGCGUCUCACACGAUUUGAAGCUGAUUGUAAGUCAACAAACUUACUUUGUGAAUUAGUUAUUUGUCUUAGUAGUUGGCAUGCUAAUCUUUUUCGACGCAUGCAUUAUGCACAGUCUUCUUAAUUGGUGCUCAAAACCAUGUACAAGUUUAAUAUUUGAAUUCUGUAUUAGCAGUAUUUGUUUGACUAAUUUAUAUAAAAUCUGAUAUUUCUAGAAAAAA